GUAAAGCAAAACAGAUGCCACCUCAGAUCAGCGACAGAAAGGACGUCAACAGGCUGAGAGGAGUCUGAUUGCCUGAGGAGACUGAAAAGAAAGGCACAAACAACAACGACAUACCUAGACGGCCCUAGUUUGUAAGCCCCAUAUUAAGUCUAGUCAUUACCUCGAUCCGGAUAUUCAAUUUAAAACCAGCGUUUCUCACACAUACAAGGUCAGCUCAGCAGGUGGCAGACAUCGCUAUGGCACAGGAGACCAAUCAGAGCCCGGUUCCUAUGCUCUGUCCCACUGGCUGUGGUUUCUAUGGCAACCCUAGGACUAAUGGCAUGUGUUCUGUGUGCCACAAGGAGCACCUGUCAAGACAGAACAAUGGAGGAGUCAGCACUUUGAGUCCCGUUGGCAGCAGCAGCGGGCCCACAGCUGAGGCGUCUGCUAUCCAGAGGUUAGAGGCCACUUUGAAUAAUGCUGCAGCUGCUGCAGUUGCUGCUGCAGAGGUGGCAGCCGAGGCCGCCGCUUCUGCUGAGGCUGCAGCUGCUGAGGCUUUCAGUGGGGUUUCAACAGCCAUUUCCGUAACACAACAGAUGACUGAGAUGAGUCUGUCCUCUGAAGAGACGGGAGCAUCAGGAAGCAAAGUAGAGCUCACAGAUCCUGUGUUGGUUCAGCCCUCAUCCUCAUCCUCCCAUCCUUCCACUGCUGGCAGUGAAGAAUCUAAAGCCCCAGAGCCCCCCAAACCCAAGAAGAAUCGCUGUUUUAUGUGCCGUAAAAAGGUUGGCCUUACAGGUUUUGACUGCCGCUGUGGGAAUCUGUUCUGUGGAAUUCACCGUUACUCUGAUAAACACAACUGUCCGUACGACUACAAAACUGAAGCUGCUGACAAAAUCCGUAAAGAAAACCCUGUGGUUGUUGCUGACAAAAUCCAGAGAAUAUGAAGAGGACACUCGGCUAAACUUUGAACACUGGGAGGAAUCUAACUUACAGAAUGGACUUGAGCCUGACCCUCAUCCUAAAGGAUCUUUCUUUUUUCCCUUUGAUUGUUUCGGGACUUUUCCCCCUGGUGCAUGAGAGUCCACUUUCAUAUCUUCAGCUUUUAUUCUUGUUUGCGUGCGAGUGUAAAACAUUUGAAAGGUUGUAUUGAACAAACAACAUGUAUGUGAGAACAGAAGAAGUGACUGAGGGGGAUUUCCUAAAAAAAGAUGUUAUCCUUUAAUAUAAAUGCUGUUGAGGUCUAUUUUGUGAUCCUCCUGAGGUCUUUUGAACUCUGCCUGGGAGGAGCUCGGACACUUUGAGCCUGUUUGGACUCUCUGACUGUUACUGCUGUUGGCUGAUUGUGCCGUGUCAGCCAUGCUUGCUCUCUGCUGGCUUGAGUAGCAAAAAUUUAUUUUUCCUUUUCUUUUCUCAGCCAUGGUCUAGCCCUAUGUGCUCAUUCGACUUUACAUCUUGUGAAGUUUUUAUCAACCUGAAAAGCUUCUGUGUGCCGUUGGGAUCUCAACCACGCUGGUUCCCUUACAGACUUUGUGAAGAGACUUUGUCGCUGGCUCUUUGUCGCUGGCCCUGAAUCCUUUCUCCUGGCUUUGUUUGCAGCACCAGAAUCACAACCUGGUUUACUUGUUUUCUCAUCCUGUUGAUCCAGUCUGAAUGCUGUGACUCGCUAUGCGCCCUUGAUCUGGACUGCAGGCUCGUGAACUUCCUGCUUUGUUGGUCUUUUAACCCAUCCACUGAAGUUUGUUAACAUUUGUUCCAUGUUAGUUUUUGUUUUCCAGAGAAGUGGUGUGUAUGGUGUGUUGUAUGACAAGUAGCUCAGACUUGUAUUGAUUUAUUUGCCUUUGGAAGGGUUUAGCUCCACUAACUUUAUCAUCUUUUACUUCACUGUUGAAUGUUUUCCUUCAUUUUUAAUGUGAGAUGACAAAUUCACAACGUUGGGAGUGUUGGACUGUUGCAUCAAAAACACGUGUGAGUGUGUGAGAGUUGUGUUCGAGCUAAUGUGUGUGGCUAAUGGUUGUGUUGCCGCAGUGACUUAGUGAGAUGUGGUCAUAGGUUAUUAAUAAUUUUCAGUCCGGCUGCUUAAUCAGUUUGUUUUGUUUUUUACCCUUUAGUUAUGCAAGUUUGUACAAACAUCUUUAUUUAUAUUCUGCAGUGCGCAUAAUCCUUCAAUAAAACAGAAGUAAUUGUA